AUGGCGGAUAGGUACGAGGAAGAGAAAAAAGAUGCCGGGAAGAAUAUGAUGAGCUUGAGGAAGAAGAAGCUGAAGAAGUACCUCCAGCUGAAGGAGAAGAAUCAGAAGAAGAUGAAGGCACAGAAGCUGAUCAACAAGAAAAAGCGAACCGAACUGCGACUACGCACACUUCGAUACGAGAAGGAGUACGAAGAGGAACGGAAAAAAAUCGUGCAACUUAAAAGAGAGGCAAGGAAAAAUAACUGCUUCUACAGAGAGGCGGAAAAGAAGGUCGUUUUUGUGAUCAGACUAAAGGGAGUAAAUAAACUGUCCCCAAAGGUGCGAAGCGUCUUUCGCCUUCUAAGGCUUCUUCAAAUACAUAACGGAGUCUUCGUGAAGGUAAACAAGGCUACCAAGGAAAUGCUAAAAAUUGUGGAGCCAUUCGUUACCUACGGUUACCCCACCAUUUCCACCAUCCGAAAGUUGGUGUACAAAAGAGGUUACAUCAAGGUGGGAAAAGUAAGAAAGUAUGCUAGGAAAAAAAUUCAAGACAAUCAGGAGAUUUCGAAACAUCUGGGAAAAUACAAUGUCCAUGGUGUUGAAGACAUGAUUCACCAACUUUAUACCUGCGGGCCUGCUUUUAAAAAAGUGAAUAAUUUUCUGUGGGCCUUUAAGCUGAAGCCCCCCAAGAAGGGUUUCAAGGCCAAGCGACACGCGUUCAAUGAGCCCAGGCCAGGUGAUUGGGGAAACAGGGAGAGUCACAUAAAUGAGCUAAUCAAGCGGAUGAUCUAG